AUGGAUCCGAUAAAUCUCGCGGCGAUUGUGAAGCCCGAUUUAAUGCUCUUAGCGGAAGAGCUGGGUGUUAAAGUGGUCAAGGCCAUGAGAAAGCCCGAGAUUAUCAAGGCCAUUGAAGAUUGUGGCGCGGGCGCCGACGAAAUUUCCGAGUGUUGGAGCGAGGUGCAGAAGAGACGAAGGGAAGCGGAACUUCGCGCCGCCCAACGUGCCGCUCAAGAGGAGCUUCACGCGGCUCAAGAGGGGCUUCGCGUUGCUCGAGAAAAACUUGAGCUAGAAAUGCUUCAACGUAACUUUGACGCUGGUGAGGCCAUUGUGGUGGAUAACAGCUCGAAAAAGUUUGACAUGCGAGCCCUUUUGCAACCUUUUCGCGUCGGCGGAGACAUGGGUCUCUAUUUAGUAAAUUUCGAACGGGUUUGCGUUAAGAUGGGUCUUGUAGAGUCGAGCUGGCCUCAAAGGCUCUUGAGUUUACUGCCAGCGGAGGUGGCCGACGUUUUGGCCCGACUAGAUCCUACAGCAGCCGAUGACUACGCGUCCGUAAAGUCUUGCCUGCUUAGGAAGUUCAGGUUGUCGCCUGAAGCUUUUCGACAGAAAUUUCGAGAGACAAGGAAAGGACCGGAUGAAAGUUACGCGGCGUUCGCUUAUAAGCUUAAAGGCUUUCUGGAAAGUUGGCUCCGUGGUGUCAACUCUUACGAGGAUCGUGAAAAGGUGCUGGAGCAGAUAGCACUAGAGCAGUUUCUCUCCUGUAUUCCGACAGGUCUAAAGGAGUGGAUUCAGGAUAGACCGGAAGUAGAAACGGUGCGAAAAGCUGCAGAUUACGCGGAUGAGUACUGCUCUAGGCACGGGAAGAAAGUUGUUGAAGAAAACCGUAGCUCAAACCGUUUCUACGAACGAUGCGGACCUCGCACGUUCGUGAAGAAAGGCGCCGAAAAGUGCAAAGAGAGUGAAGUACCGACAAAGGGAGUGUCUGAUUCAGACGAAAAGAAACGUAAAAUGAAGGCGUUCGAGGAGCGUAAACCAAUAGUGUGCUACAGGUGUAAACAGCCUGGUCAUGUCGCUUCUGGUUGCCGCGUCCCUAAAGUUGCUCCCGUUAACUUGUGUCUGGGAGAAGCGGAGGACCUACUCAGGCCGUAUCUGUAUGACAUGAAAGUAAAUGGUAAAUUCUGCAAAGGUUUACGAGAUACCGGCGCCACGUAUGAUCUGGUACACUCUUCGCUAGUGGAGCAAGAACAUUUUACAGGCGACUGUGUGUGGAUCCGUCAGGCCUUGGAAAAUCGGGCAGUUAGUCUGCCCGUAGCUAAGGUAAAACUAAACGGACCUUUCGGAGUAGUGGAAACGGAAGCAGUUGUUUCUGACGGAGUGCUUCCAAACUGUCCGUACAUACUGUCAAACAGAACUGCAAGGCAAUUGAGCGAGUCGGGUAUACCGCUUGACAUGAAUCCUGUUCUAGUCGUCACGCGCUCAAUGACAACUAGUGCAGUGCCGGAAACACUUCAGACGGAAGCGAGCGCGACGACUGGUAAAACCAGCAGCGGGCCCGAUGAAGAGCCGAACGAAGGAGCUGACAUGACCACGCUGGUUUCGCCGGAGAGCAGCAAUUUUCGUGCGCUAGCCGGUGUAGAUAAGCUUACGCUUAUCGCCGAACAGUCAUCCGACCCGAGUCUUUCAAAGUGUCGUGAUAGCGUGGGAAAAGAAAUCAAGCCGAACAUCUCCUUCGUUAUGAGCAACGGCAUUCUUUACCGUAGUUUCAAGGACAAAUCGGGGAACGAGGUAGAUCAGAUUGUCGUUCCAUCCAAGUAUAGAAUUGCAUUACUCGAGCUUGCUCACGGAGAAGGGUGGUCGGGACACCUAGGAAUCACAAAGACCAAGUGCAGGUUUUUGGCAGAAUAUUAUUGGCCGGGCUGCUUUAAGGAGGCUGAGCGAUUCGUCCGUUCUUGCGACACCUGCCAAAGAACAGGACGACCAAACGAGCGCCGAAAGGCGCCUCUCACACUAGUGCCCAUAAUCACGGAACCUUUCAAAAGGCUAUUGAUAGACGUCGUAGGACCCCUACCUACAACUAAGACGGGUUUUAGGUACCUUCUAACGAUAUUAUGCCCGGCCAGGAAGUUCCCAGAAGCCGUUCCAAUGAAAGAGCAGACAUCGGUCGAAGUAGUAGAUAACUUGCUCUCGGUCUUUUCUCGGAUCGGGUUUCCUAGUGAAAUUCAAUGUGAUCUGGGUAGCGUUUUACCAGUGCUCUAA